CUGAAUUGAAGUGUGUUGAGCAUAUGGUGGACUCCAAUUGAACGAAGAGAAAACUGGAACUGAUAUUGAUGAUGAUUGUUGUAGAAUUAAUGCUCGCAAUUUCUUUCUUCCUACACAGGAGAAUUGGUUACUUUUAGCCGCAGAUUACUCUCAGAUAGAGUUACGGCUCAUGGCACACUUCUCUGGAGACACUUCACUAAUUGAACUCCUUAGUAAUCCUCAAAAUGAUGUUUUUACCAUGAUAGCUGCAAGAUGGACUGGGAGGGUAGAAGAUUCUGUUAGCUCCCUUGAGAGGGAUCAGACCAAAAGGUUGGUUUAUGGCAUUCUAUAUGGAAUGGGUGCAAAUACUCUUGCAGAACAACUAAAUUGCAGUUCAGAUGCGGCUAAAGAAAAAAUUAAAAGCUUUAAGAGCUCUUUCCCCGGAGUUGCAUCUUGGCUUCAUGAAGCAGUUUCAGGUUGCCGUCAGAAAGGUUAUGUUAAGACACUCAUGGGAAGAAAACGCUUCUUGUCAAAAAUAAAAUUUGGGAAUAUUAAAGAAAAGUCAAAAGCUCAGAGACAAGCCGUGAAUUCUAUCUGUCAGGGAUCUGCUGCUGAUAUAAUCAAGAUUGCAAUGAUAAACGUCUACUCUGUAAUUGUUGGAAUUGAUGGAUCAAUAUCUAAUUCUUCUCUUGAGACGAAGUAUCAUAUGUUGAAGGGUCGCUGCCGAAUUCUUUUGCAGGUACAUGAUGAACUUGUGCUGGAAGUUGAUCCUUCUGCUAUAAAGGAAGCUGCAUUGUUGGUGAAAAUGAGCAUGGAAAGUGCCGCGUCUCUUCUCGUUCCUUUACAUGUCAAACUGAAAGUUGGAAGAACAUGGGGCUCUUUGGAGAAUUUCCAAGUUGAUCAAUGUACUGGUGAAGCUAUUCUUCCAAAUGCUUAGGUUGGUUAACUAUUCAGCCAGUCCUUUUACAUGUCAAAUUGAAUGUUCUUGUCUGAGUCUUCCCAGGCUGAUCAAUUUACCAAUGAAGCUAUCCCUCCCUGCGUUUAGUGUGCUGAGAAAUAUUGCAUUCUUGGUUGAGAGUUUGGUGAUAUUGGAGGGACAGAAUUGACGGCAAUAUGGAUCAAAGUAUAGUAUAUGCAAUCAAUUACUUGAAUGUCCACGUGCUGUUAUUCAGAUUGUCUGGUUCCAGAUUUAUCUAAUAAUCAAAGGAGCUGGCUUAUGCAUUCAAGCUAAAGAAAAAAUGUUCUUGUGACAAGGAAAGCCUUGCAUGUUUGCUGCUUGAAAUAAGCAUUCUGACAUAAUCUAAAAGCUUGUUGAAGAAUAAUAACGGCGGUAAUAUCCUGCUUCUCCAGAGUAGACUAGCUGACAUGCCCACUAGAUGCAGACUUAGUUGUAUCAUACGAGGAUGUAAUUUAAGUGCUCGGUGAACUCUAUCUUUAACAUGCAAGACUUCAAGGUAUAAUGUCAAGCAAGCAUAUGUUUUCUUAAGCAGCUGGCGACAAGCUUAAUCGCUUUCGAAGAUAGGCACAUUAAGAGAAAUUGUGGACCCUUGCAUACUAAUUUAUUAGAAAGGAGGAUUUUCUUUUGACCAUUGAGUGGUGGUGAGUUGAGAUCAAAGGGAAAGGUAGAUUUUUGAUUUUCUGUAGGGUUUUGCACAUGUUCUGAUUAAUUUUUAUUUGUAAUAGAACCAGAGAUAUUAAUUUUUAGCAUACUCUAAUUUUCUUGUGCGGUUUUGUUUUUUAAAUUUUCUGAUGGUUUCGCUCUGCAUAGGUUUAACUCCCAAGCACUUAUUAGUAGCUGCGCUCUGACUUUGUAAAGUGUAUUUGGUCUAACUCUGAUAGAUUGGAAGGUGACAAAUU